UGGUAUCCAGAACAUCUGAGACAUGUAGCGAGAAGUGAGUCAUAAAGGCGUAGAAAGGAUGUUGGAAAUUGGUGCUUGACGUUUGUGCUAACAUUUGAAAUAUGGUGUUUGCUGUGUGAGGAAUACUUUCUCGAACGACACACCAAGAUCUAAAUCUGAGAGUCCAACCUACGCUAUGAGCUACGGUUCGCAUUUAGUGUGAAGGACGGUGAUGAUAUUUUGGACGUAAACAACAGCAGAUAAUGUAGUGGCUGUUUACAUUUGCCACGAAAACAUCAGUAUGGCAUAAUGGUAGAUCGAUGAGAGACAUAUUAGGGGCAGCCACCUGAAGUAGUAACAAAUUGUUUGAGGCCUGCAGUUCUGUCACAAUGCCCCGAGCACUCCCAGACGGGCCUGGUGGCUCUUCCUUUGCCAACAAGCCGGCUCGAGGAUGGCCUCAUUCAGACCAGCAACUUUCCAAAGAAGGCAUAACAUAUGCUGUCAGAUACAUUGGCUGCCUUGAAAUACGCACAUCAAUGAAGAGCUUGGAUUUUGAAACAAGGUCUCAAGUAGCAAAGGAAUGCAUUAAUAGAGUAUGUGAAGCUGCUGGCCUGAAAACUGUUGACAAAAAAAGAAAGGUUGAGAAAAGAGUACAACGAGCAAUUGCAGAACAUCCAGUAAUGGACUAUGCUGGCUCCAAUGUGAAUCUAACUGUGUCCAGUUCACGUCUAGUGCUAACUCUCCUAGAAACAGGGCGCAUUAUUGCUGCACAUGAUAUGCCACGAAUUUCUUUUGCAUCUGGUGGUGACACGGACACAUUAGAUUUUGUAGCUUAUGUUGCAAAAGAUGCCAAUGACUGGCGUGCCUGUUAUGUGCUGGAAUGUGGUGGAGGACUGGCUCAGGACGUAAUCAUCACAGUAGGGCAGGCAUUCCAGAUGCGGUAUAAGGAGUUCUUAACGCUUCCUACCACAGCAUUGUCAGCAUCACUUAUAUCUGGUGGUGUUGUGGGUGCAGACCGAGAAUAUUAUAAUGAUCUGCCAGGCAAGGUACCACCAGAACUAGGGCCACCACCACCUGUUCCCCCGAUGCCAGCUGGAAUGCAGCGUGAGACUCGUACAGUUACAGCUGUUGGCAGUGGUACAAACAGUGUGUUCCCAUCAACCACAGACCGCUCAACAAGCAGAGAUGGUGUGACCAGUAACCUGAUUGAUCUGAGCACAGAAGCACCUCCUCCACCACCAAUGCCUAUGCCACGUAGGGAACACGAAUAUGUUAAUGAUGUCAUCACAAGGGAUGUUUUUGACAUGCAACCAUUUGCAACAGAAGUGGAGGGCAUUGGUCAGAGAGCUCAGUUGCAGCGUGAAGCAUGGUUUCAUGGACCUGUAAGUCGACAGCGUGCUGAAGCACUUCUUACUCAUGAUGGUGACUUCCUGGUCCGCGAGUCUCAGGGAUCUCCUGGGCAGUAUGUUCUCACUGGAAUGCAGGGUGGUGUAAAGAAGCAUCUGCUUCUUGUAGAUCCAGAAGGAGUGGUUCGCACUAAGGAUCGGAUGUUUGAAAGUGUUAGUCAUCUCAUAAAUUACCAUUGUCACAAUAAGCUCCCUAUCAUAUCAGCGGAAAGUGCACUUGUGCUGCGUCGUCCUGUUUGCAAGUGAAGCAGGUUUGUCAUUUUCUUUUUGCUCGUAAAUGUUCAGACAGUUGUUAUUUUCAGAUGCGUAUGGAAAUUAUUGAUUUUUCUGUUUGUGUUUGCUCUGUUGUAUAUUUUGUGGUGCCGUGCAGCUUUUGCUGUUUUUUGUGUAGCACUAAAUACACUUUUGUGUACUAUUAUUAGAUGAUUAAUAAGUUAACUGUAUAUGAUAUCGCAUUUUCCUAUUAUAUAGGUUUAAUGAUACGUAUCAAAAUGCGCCAAUUGUUUAGUUUUCAUUAUGGUUUCACGCAUGACCUGGUUACCUGCUCUUCAUAAAAUUGAAGUUCAGGUGCAUAAAGUUAGAACAGAAAAAGCCAUUUUAUUGUAUUCUGGGAGUGACAGUCUCAAUUAAAGGGAGCAAAUUAUAUGCUGUACUAUGAGAGAACAUUACUGUUUUUUCCGAGGAACAUGUUUUGUAAGCCAUGAAUAUUUAAAAGCAUAUAAGUGUUGCUAUGUAUGUCAUUUUAUUUUAUUUACUUUUCUAUAAAGAGUGUAUCAUAUUUUUAAGACAACUGCAUUACUGUGUGUGCUCAUUGGUGCCAGUUAGUUCUUACAGCUAUAUUUCAAAAGUAGUGUUAGUAAUGUUUCGAAGUAUCCUUUCUAAUUUUACGGUGGAUGGUUCCUAUAAGGGACUAAACAUCAGCAACCUUGAUAAGUAUAUACUGUGCCAUUUACUUUAACUGUAUCAUGUAAUUGUAUGUGCUAUGUAACUAAAUGUGGUGACUGUAGUUGUUGUGAUCUGAAUAAGAAAAUGAGACAUCAGCUGACACAUCUUGUUAGGUGUGAAUUGGAAGAGCAAGGUAGUUAAACUGAGUACAAAACAAUACAAAGGGUGUGGAUCUCUGGUUACGAUACUGGUAUCAUUUACUGUAGUCACUUUCCAUUGUAUGUGUAAAUUAUUAUGGUUGCAGUAAAUGAAGUAAAUGUGAUCGUAUCACCAUAAUUAUCAUCAUAGACAAAAUUUUUGUUCAAUUGUCUCUUUUUUUUUUUUCCUCUUCCCUAUACAUUUGUAUUUUUGAAGUGCACAAUUUUGGGAGAAAAUUAACUUAAUUACUGCCAGUCGUGGUAGAAUUUUCGUUGAAGAAAGCAGUUAUAAAUUGUAAGACAAUUGCAUGAAAUAUGUGUUGAAAGCCUUUUGCAGAGUAGUAAAACCAAGAUCUCCCAUAACAGUUAUUUCUAUGUAGUUGAUGAUGGAUUUACUAUAGACUGUACCUGUGAUAAGAACAUUUAUAAACCAGUGUGACAUGGAAGAUAUGUUGUGCUACUUUACUUUUACAGACAUAUUUGUCAGUUUGAAGUGUCUUGGUUUAGCAUUGGAAUUGUAUGUGAUAUAAACUGUGAUAAAUUUUAUGGUGUUUCAUAAUGUGGCAACAGCAAUUACACAUCACAUUAAACAGUGCUAGAAUAUCAUUUUUUAUUUCUCUCUUUUACAAUACUGGUGUUUCACCCAAUUUACCAGCUAACUUUUCUGUUUAGUUGUUGAAUAUUCCUAUGUCCUGUAACUCAGUUCAGUUUUCUUCCUCAGUCUGAAAGCCAUUGUUUCUGAAAACAUUUGCUCAUGAGUAUUAGUCUGCUGCCACUCAGUAAGUAGCAUAUUUUUUAAAUCUGUUAGUGAAAUUUCACAGAAAAAAUGGUAGUACUGUUUCAAAAUCUACAAAAGCUAUCAAUAAAUGAGAGGAAAAUGAUCCAAAAAUUUGACCUGAAAUGCAUUAUUGUUUAAUUAUGUGUUAGCUUAUGGAAAUGUGUACUGAAAGAUAAGUGAUAAGUUUGUAAUAUAUGCUUGCAGAAUACAGGCAAGCAAAUAUUGCAAGAAUAGUUUUCAGGGUUGCCACAGGUUCGGGAAAUCGGGGAAUUUCAAACAUGUCAGGGAAAUUUGAAAAAAAAGGAAAAAUCUCUUUUUUGUAUCAGUAAAUGAGAUGGUUUGUUUACUGAGGUUUCUUGCAUUGUUACUGGGAGGGUGCAGCUGAGUACAUGUGCUGCUUCCCUACUGCCUCACUCCUACAGCUUCUCCCCUUCCUACCACUCCUCUCAGCUUGCAGUCACUGCUGUCACCACUUCUUGCUGCUAGCCUAACAGCUGCCAACAAGAGGCAAGGAGAGAUGAAGAGUGGUUUGUUUGGAUCUGAUUCUCAGAGACUGUAAGAAGUAGUGUUUCAAAAGCUCCAUAUCAUACCAAGUUCGAGAAUUAAAAAAGAAAGACUUCUUCCACUUAGACUGCUGCCAUACCAUCGAGAUCUAAAUUCCACUGAAAGUGUCUAGAAUCUUGCAAAGAAUAAGGUCUGUAAUUGUAAUCAAUCGAGCAUCUUGAUCUUGGAGUUGCAGAAAAUAAUAGCUAAUGCUUUUGCUAUUGUGGCUUGAAAGAAGUGUCAUCUCACAUGAAAAAGUGUGUGAUGACUAUUGGGGAUGAUAUUUCGUGAUGGGCGAGGAAACUGAGACUAUAACAACAUCAGUUGGUGUGGAUUGAAGCAAAAAGUCGUACUGACGUAGCAGUUGGAGGCGGCGCUCGUGUGUGCACGGGCUGUGUGUGAGUGAGUGUGUGAAUGUAUGUGUGCACUCCCAUUUUCUAAUAAAAGCUAUGGCUGAAAAUUUAGCUGUGAGUGUGAUUGUCUUUUCUACUUGCCUGUCUGCAGCUCA